AUGGCUUACGAGCUCCUGGUCAUUUCUACACUUUUGGCAGUGGCGAUCCCGGACGCCCUCGCUUUGUGUGGCUACUCGACAUUUGGACUUGGACCUGAUCUCGCGAAUGUGGUCGCCACAGACAUAACCGACUCGACAGCGAUCAUGUCCUUGAUCUUUGCAGGACUAUCCGUGGUGCUGUGCUUUGUUCUCGACAUUCCUGCCGCACCCACACCGGUGCAGGCCUGUUUUGGUCUUCUUUCGGUGAUACUGCUGCUGGGCGUCUCCACUCUGAACUUGCUUACGAUACCGGUUAUGCCGCUCAUGGUGUGUCUGGAGCUGACGUUCCUUCUGCUGGCAUGCUUGCGCUGCAAGCUGUUCGGUGCAAUCCCUGCGCCUCAUUUCUUUACAGCUGGAGCACUGAGCUUCGGAAUAUGCACAGGUUUCACUGCUGUCGCUUGUGUUGCAUUUCGGUUCUCCACUGGGACGAUCGCAUCAAUCGAGACACAGAUCAGGCUGGCCAGCAUGUACUCUGAAGUCUUUGCACACGUAUCCAAAGAUCUGGACGACAUCGCGUUUAACCAGACGCAGUGUUUCGCAGAGAUUGUCUCCCCCGGCCUGAACCAAGAUCAACAGGACGUUUUUCACCGAGCUUGCACCACGGUCAAUAGUGUGUGGUAUGCGCAAUGGACUACACCUUACGCCGUGCCUGCAUUGAAUGCCCUUUCCGCCUUGUGCUGCAUGGUGUUCGCGCGGACAGAUCCUUCUACCAGAACGCUGGUGUCCGAGAACCAGACCACCAUGUUGACAGAAGCUGAGAUAAAGGCGGCAAAGAUGAUGGCUGCACUGCUGAAGCGUUUUACCUUUAUGACGGCCCUUGGAAUGGCUGCUUUGUAUACGGCGAGCACCAUGGUGGUGUCCUCGAGAAUCAGCUUGAUGAGAUCCAUGAUUGUCUUGGCCUUCUGUGUGAUCCUGACAGCCCUGGGAUUCGUCUAUUUAGAGACUGAUCGUGUGCUUCUUUCGAAAUUGCUUAACCAGAGCCGGUUUUAUCGGAGCAUCCUCCAGCUGGCGAAGAACGACUGGAUUCGAGCAUUGUUUAUAUGCUGCACCUGCAUGUUUCUUCCCGGCAUUCUUGGGGCUGACAUGAUCCGUCAACGGGUGCGGACCUGCGUGUCGUCGGAUUCGGCUCCGUCCGGCCGGUUUACGGCGGCUGUCCGGCCAAUGGUGGGCCCCUCGGGUUUUUGGGAUUUAUGA